AUGUCUAGCUCCUUCUUCGAUGAGCUGCUGCUAGAUUUUGGCACAGGCUUUAACAACGCUGGGCAAGACCAGCCAGUGGCCGCUUCUCCAAACCCUAGCGCACUAGAAAGCUCUAAUGCUCAAAGUAAUGAGAAGUUGCGCAACCUAAAAAAAAUCCUGAACUCAAAUGUUGAUGAACAGACGUCGAAAUUAAAAUCCCAGUCUUUUGAGCAACCAAAACCAUAUAUUAGAGGGCCAAUCAUACUCACAGAUGCGCUGGAAGCAACUAGAAGAUCACGAGGGCCCACCGUUCCGGCUGGUAAAUUACCUAGAGUGUGUUUCAAACUGCCGGAAGCUUUUGAUUGGGAUGGGCUUGACGCUGAGAAGAGAGAGAGAGAGAGAGAGAGAGAGAGAGAGGAAGAAGAUGUCGGCUGUCCUAAUUUUUUGUAUGUGCUUGCCCACAGUUGGUGCCGCCAGAGGCAAACCAGAAUCCAAAUGCUCAGACCGAACGCAAGUUCUCUUUCUUUCAAAGACUUGAAGGCUGGAGUAUUGAGCGGAAAUGGAGAUCUAAUGGAAAAAAUUCUGACAUGGUAA